AUGUCAUACCAACAUCCGACCGACUGCAUUGCAGCAUUUGCCCGACCACGCCGCAACAUCCGACCGCCGACAGGAUACCCAAGCUUUUACAGUGCUGCAAGUACGGCCAGCAUAAGGAUAGCAAUAGACAUGUUCAACAGCCUCUUGGGCGUGGCAGUCACUGCCACCAACGCUAUCGACCGCACAGUAGUCGCUAUCAUCUACGCCGCUACCAACUGCAUCUUCUACGCAGCGGUUUACGGCGAAGACAAGACGCUAAUAACCAUUGACUACCUCAGCGUGCCAGAGCUCCCCACCGAGUACAUGCGCCUCUGGCAUGGCAUAGCACUCAUCGUAGCCGUCGUGCUCUUCUUGGCUAGCGCUACUGCCCUCUUUUACCUCAUUCACAUCCUCUCUGAGCUCCAUCGUCGACCACGCAUCAUUGUCAUUGACGAUUUGGCUGCGACGACAACCCUGGCCGUGACCCGACUGCUGGCGCAUGCUACCAUGUGGCACAAAUGA